CGCGCGCACACACACACACACACCAGUCAAUCAGACUGCUUGCCAUGGGCUGAGAAUGCUGCAGCCCAAUGUAGUCAUCAUUUUGCUCGGCUGGCUGAGUGCGACCCGUUGAGCUUUUGGUUUGAAGACCGAGGCUUAAUUUAUGGCAAUGACGUUCUGUGAGAAACGAGGAAUUUGUUUUCAAUUGUUUUCACUGCUAGGUACGAGGCAAUUGACGGUUCUCGCAGACAGCCAUGGGCAAGAAAGACAACACCGGAAGACAAGUGUCGGUCCAUCUCAACGAAAGAUCCCAGCACGAAGUUUUACCAUGGGCGGCGACGAGUUAUCAGGAGCCCCUGGCACAAAGCAGGUUUAUUUGCAGGCAUACGAGAUAGAUGAGACGCCAGUCACAAAUGCCAACUUUCGGGAGUUUGUCAAAGAAACCAGGUACAGGACGGAUGCUGAGAAGUAUGGUUGGAGCUUUGUCCUCAACAGCUCCCUGAGCAAGGCUAUCCUGGCAGAAUCUGAUCAGCACAUCCAGGAUGCACCUCACUGGGUGGCUGUCCUUCAUGCCUGGUGGCGGCAUCCAGAGGGGCGUGACUCAUCCUUGAAGGAGAGGUGGAAAGAAUAUCCCGCGGUGCACAUCAGCUGGAAUGAUGCGACAGCCUACUGCAAAUGGGCAGGCAAACGAUUGCCUACGGAGGCCGAGUGGGAAAAUGCAGCACGGGGGAAGCGAAAAGAGUCCCUGUAUCCCUGGGAUGGCUCAGACGUUCGUCGUGAUGGAAGGUGGAUGAUGAACAUUUGGCAGGGGCGCUUCCCCUUUGAGAACCUGAGGGAGGAUGGCUACCAUGGGAUUAGCCCAGUGAAGGCCUUUCCAGCCAACUCCUACGGACUUUACUCAACUGUUGGCAAUGUUUGGGAAUGGACAGCGGAUCCUUUUCUCACCAGGCCAGGUGAAGAUGAGCAAUGGAUCUUAAAAGGCGGUUCCUUUGUCGACAGCAUCAAUGGGGAAUUCAAUCACAAGGCCACUGUGGUGACUCGUAUGGGUAAUACUGCUGACAGUGGAAGCUACAACACAGGCUUCAGAUGUGCAAGUGGUCAAGGCGGAGGCGGAAGGAAGCGUCCUCCAGAUCAAAAGACCUUGCAAAAGCUAGCGGAGGAUGGCGGAGUGGAAGCGGUCCAGGAAUACCUCAAGACCACAGGGUCCAACGCACAGGUUUUGACACCUGCGGAGCUGGAAAAAAAGCGAGAUAAACUCAAGGAGUCAUUGGGCGGCCAAGAGCUUUGAUGCAAAAGAACCGUGCCCAAAUACUGUAACAAUUGAAGUCCAAUGCAAGAUCUUCAAUUGCCGACAGCUCUCCUCUCAAGGUUGAAACGUAGAUGCAAUAUGGUAC